GUUGAGCAACUUACAUCAUAUGAUUGGAACUCAACUUAAUACCUACCAUCGGCAGCAGUCAACAAUUUGUUAGUCUGAAUUGUUUGAUUUGAUGGCCACCGCCCACUUGAUUCAUCUUCAUGCUCAUUCUCACAUUACUCCUCCUCCUCCGCUACUGUCUAAACGUGUCAUCAACAGAUUUAGAUUUUUGAAUUCUGAUACUCAUUCCACCAAUCAUCAAACAACACUUGGUUUUCUCAAAAUGCAAUUCCAACCAAAUUCAAUUCCAACUCCAAUCAACAGAGUCUCUGAUACUCAACACACUAAAAUUCCACAUGUACUCACUGUUGCCGGUUCUGAUUCCGGUUCCGGUGCCGGAAUUCAAGCUGAUCUCAAAACUUGUUCUGCUCGCCGGGUUUACUGUUCCACUGUUAUUACUGCUGUUACUGCACAGAAUACUCUUGGAGUUCAGGGUGUUAACAUGGUGCCUGAAGAUUUUGUUGCACAGCAGUUAAAUUCUGUGCUCUCUGAUAUGAAUGUUGAUGUGGUCAAAACAGGCAUGCUACCCUCUCUUAGUGUAUUGAAGGUCCUUUGUCAGAGUCUUAGGAAGUUUCCUGUCAAAGCUCUUGUGGUUGAUCCUGUAAUGAUAUCUACUAGUGGAGACAUACUUGCUGGUCCUUCUGUUCUAGCUGGAUUCCGUGAAGAGCUGCUUCCCAUGGCGGACAUCGUAACCCCAAAUAUUAAAGAGGCAUCAGUUUUACUUGGUGAUGUUCCAAUGAAGUCAGUUUCUGACAUGCGUACUGCUGCAAAAUUGAUACAUGAUUUGGGUCCUAGGACUGUACUUGUCAAGGGUGGCGAUCUCCCUAAUUCACCAGAUGCUAUUGAUAUAUUUUAUGAUGGCAAGGAAUUCUACCAGCUUUCUUCACCGCGUGUAAAUACUCGCAAUACUCAUGGCACUGGUUGUACUUUGGCAUCAUGCAUAGCAGCAGAGCUGGCAAAAGGUUCAUCAAUGCUUUUAGCUGUUAAGAUAGCUAAACGUUUUGUUGAGUCUGCCUUGGAUUACAGCAGAGACUUGGUUAUUGGAAAUGGAGUCCAAGGCCCUUUUGACCAUUUUUUGGCACUUAAGAAUACCAACCAGAGCUCUUGUAGGCAGGAUAGGUUCAAUCCCAAUGACUUAUUUCUCUACGCUGUAACGGAUUCAGGAAUGAAUAGGAAGUGGGGCCGUUCUAUUGCUGAAGCAGUUAAGGCUGCUGUAGAAGGCGGUGCUACCAUUGUUCAAUUAAGGGAAAAAGAUGCUGAAACACGGGACUUUGUUGAUGCUGCUAAAGUAUGCCUUGAAAUAUGCCGUUGGUAUGGAGUACCUCUGCUUAUAAACGACCGUAUAGAUGUGGCCCUUGCUUGUGAUGCGGAUGGUGUUCAUGUCGGUCAGUCUGACAUGCCUGCACAUCUUGCUAGAACUCUCCUUGGUCCUGAAAAGAUAAUUGGAGUAUCAUGCAAGACACCAGAACAAGCACAUCAAGCAUGGAUCGGUGGUGCUGAUUACAUUGGCAGUGGUGGUGUAUAUCCCACUAAUACAAAAGCAAACAAUAGUACUAUAGGCUUAGACGGGUUGAGGGAGGUGUGCAAGGCCUCUAAACUGCCUGUUGUUGCAAUUGGUGGCAUUGGUAUGUCAAAUGCACGUGCUGUAAUGGAACUUGGUGUACCAAAUCUCAAAGGGGUUGCUGUUGUGUCUGCUCUAUUUGAUAGGGAAUGCAUAGUGACCGAGACAAGAAACUUGCACACGGUACUUAGUGAGGCAGCACUGUUGAUACAAUGAGCAAACUGCAAUGUGGAAGGAAUUUAAUUUAACCAAAGGAGUGGUUACUGGUAACAAGAGUCCUAAUUGCUUUCACCUUCAAUGGAAAUACAUAAUUGCAGAAGAUUCUUUGCAGACCAUGCUAAGCUUGUAAAUGCAAAUUUUGAAUAAAAUGUGUGUAAUGCUCAAUACCUGGGCUGGGCAAAACAUAUUUAGUUCUUCAUAUGUUUGCCUUUGUUUGGUACAUGCUUGAAUCAUAGCAAGAAUGAGUGUUGGAGACUUUAUCUAUCAUGUGCCCUUAAAGCACAUACUCCCUCCGGUCCUUUUUAUAAGAAACACUUUGGAAUUUUUAUUUGGUCCUUUUUAUAAGAAACACUUUGACACAAUUCCAUUUGUACCCUUA